GUAAGGAGGAUCAAGGUUGCUAGUACGAGUAGAGCGCCCAAGAUGAUCGUGCAACCGGAAGCGCCCAUAAUUGAGGAUGUAAGAAGGGGAAGCGCUCAAUUGGUAGAGUCUGGUCGAAUCUCCAACCGCGGCGGCACUUUUGAGUAUGUAUCGUCAUGUCUUCGAUAUGCUUUCGAGCCGAUAGAUCAUUCUCUGAAACCUAUCAAACCUGAGAUGGUGACUACGGCACGAGUCUAACAGGCAACGAUACAACUGUCAUUGAGAACCCACUGAGGAAGUCUUGAGAUGAAACUGACUGCUGCAGUCCGGGCAGGCAGAAAGUACCCAAAGGCAACAAGCCAAGAAUUAUCUUCUGGUUUCUCGCCGACUGUUCACUUGAAGGAUGUUAUAUACAGCAUUAGAAUCGCUCUGGCUUCUGAGUUGGACAAAGUUGAACGCGAAGCUAUUUACGUGCUUACAGAAGCAAACAUGAGAGACAUGGCUGUUCAAUCUUCUACGGGAUGGGAUCCUUCGCAAAAGAAGAAAGAAUUGUUCCACCAACACUCCAGAUUUGUCAUUAUCUACCGCAUUCCCGAAGAUGUUCAAUCCGACUCAUCAACGUCUCAUACCCUCGUUGACCAUAUCGUCGCUUUUGCAAUGUUUCGAUUUGAAGCGGAACGUGGCGAGGACAUCAUAUAUUGCUAUGAACUUCAGCUCUGGCCGUCAGUGCGACGCUCCGGACUUGGUAGGUUUAUAAUGAACACUCUCGUCCAACUCGGGGCAAAGUACAAUAUGAAAAGGGUCAAGUUGACAGUGCUCAAAGCUAAUACACCGGCCUUAGCCUUUUACCAUGCUAUAGGCUUUACGCUUGACCCGACCUCUCCUGAUUAUGUGGAUGAGCAGGAUCCUGUGCCGGAGGAAUGUGACUACCAGAUUCUGUCAAAAGGAAUCUGAUUUGUACCAUAUUUUCUUGUACCAAUAACACCUGACGUAGUCGCACACCAAUGUAGUUCAUCUUGUAGAACAGCUUCCGAAUUUUUGGGAAUACUACUUUAUUGUUGCAGGCGUUGAGCAAUGCGGGUAGGUGUGCAAACCCUAACCUGAAUCAUUUAC